AUGGUUGGCCUUCACCGAAAGCCUUUCAAGCGACAGGAACCUAAUCCUUUCGCAACGCCAACGCUAUCUGGGAUUGGGGGCUCCGUUGUAGCUGAGACCUCGGAUGUACCUGACGGGGGGCUCGCUGUCAACUCCGAACUGGCUGACGCACCACGAACGGGUUCCCCAAACUUCACGGUCUCCACAAGCAAUCUACCAUCAACCCCGACAUCCUCAUCGCCAGCCCUCCCUAGUUCAACAGAAGCUCCAACCACAGAAAGCGCCGUCGCUUCCAAGAGCUCCGGCAUCUCGACCACCACAGUGGUGGGCGCAUGUGUGGGCGCUUUCGCCGGUGCAGUCUUUCUCAUUUGCAUCGGUCUCUGGCUGUACCGGCGCUCUACGCAAGCUCUCAAAGCUCGUGCCCGCGCACCACUCACAUCUAUCUCGCGAAAUGCACGCCACGAUCGCUCCGACUCUCAUCGUGGUGACCCAUGGAACAAACUAGAAAGUGGCGAUGAAGAUAAGUGGGCGGGGAUGCAAACAAGUGAGGUGGGCCACAGGAAUGUGGAGGAGAAAGGCACUCAGGAGAGCGUGGGUCCCAUGGAGAAGCUCACUAUGUUCAAGACUCGCUCGCCCAGCGUCCGAACAGCUGUUACGACGAAGUCGAAUUUGGACCUUCCUCUACCGAUAUUCGAUCGCAUGCAUGCGCAUCCAUUCAACCCUUACGGAGGCCCGCCUUCUCUCCCUGGUUCAGUUGGUAGCAAGCCCCACCUCGGCUCUGUUGACACCGGAGGGUCCAUUAGUUGGAGUUCAGAGCAAGACGGUGCAUACUUCAGUCUACGCUCCGAUAACUUUGACAUCAACACUGCCCGUGCCAUAUCGCCUUCCGCUGCUCGACCGACGCCGCCCACGACUACUACAUCCUCUCUUCAUCAGUGGGAGUCAGCUGAAGUCGUCACUUACUCUGAUCCAUUCGAUGACGAGCAGAGUGAAUCGCGGAAAAGCAUACAUAACCCCUUCUUCAGCGCUCAGGAAUUCGAUGAAGCUAAGUCGAAGGCAGUCGCAAAGGCCGCGAAGGGCAAAGAGAAAGUUGCCGCGAGGGAUGACCACUCAAGUGACUCCGCUUCCACAACUUCUUCACCCCUUGCACCCAAACAUGCUGCAAAUGACUCACAGAGCGAUAACGAGCGCGCGAUAUUAUCCAUCAUAGCAGCCCUCGAAAAUGGCUCACCCUCGCUGACACCUGAGCCGAAUAGUCGGGUGUUGUCAACACUGAGCACAGGGACAGGCUACUCUGGGAUUGACGGCUAUUCCGUAUCUGCCUAUGGACAGACUGAAGAGGAUGUCACCCAGGCAUUCCCAUUACCUCCACACGCUAAGGGAAGCAAUUGA